AUGAAGGCCACUCUGUAUCUUGACGACGGCUCAUCAUACGUUGGUCAACUUUUCGGUGCCACUAAAAGUGUGGUUGGUGAGAUUGUGUUUCAAACGGGUAUGAUGGGCUACGUAGAAUCUCUUACGGAUCCCAGUUACGCCGAACAAUUUCUUACAUUGACGUAUCCUAUGAUCGGAAACUAUGGAGUGCCAAGCCAAGACUCCAUGGACUCACAAGGACUGCCAUAUGUCUUCGAAAGUACUCGAAUUUGGCCAGCAGCAUUAAUUGUGGAUAGGAUUUGUCCAGAAAAUGAACACAGCCAUUGGCAAGCAGUGGAGUCGCUAACCAGUUUACUGCGUAAAGCUGGAGUUCCAGGGUUAUCUGGGAUUGAUAUAAGAAUGCUGACAAAGAAAAUUCGUGAACAAGGAACAAUGAAGGCAAAGUUAGUCAUUGACAGCGACGACGCAUCUAAAUACGAAUUUCGUGAUAUCAAUGAGGGAAACUUGGUUGCAGUUGUUUCUAGAAAGACACCAGUUACAUUUGGUACUGGAGACGUAACCGUACUAGCCGUGGACUGCGGAAUGAAGAAUAAUCAGAUUCGUUGCCUAGUGGAGCGCGGUGUACGCGUGGCAAUUGUUCCGUGGAACCAUCCAAUUGAAAAUGAAGUCUUUGAUGGUUUAUUUUUAUCGAAUGGUCCUGGCGAUCCAGAAAAGUGUGAACCGCUUGUAAAGCGCCUCUCUGAGUUGUUGAAGAAGACUACUAAGCCUGUGUUUGGAAUUUGUCUUGGUCAUCAACUAAUUGCUCGAGCGAUUGGAGCCACGACGUACAAAUUGAAGUAUGGUAACCGUGGCCACAAUCAGCCAUGUACGCAUAGUGGCACCGGGCGCUGUCUCAUCACAUCGCAGAAUCACGGGUUUGCGGUUGACGCAACAUCGUUACCGAACGACUGGCGCAUUCUGUUUACGAAUGAGAAUGACGAGACUAAUGAAGGCAUUGUACAUACAACGAAACCGUUUUUCAGCGUACAAUUUCAUCCGGAGCACACUGCUGGACCAUCGGAUUCCGAAUUUCUUUUUGAUGUAUUUGUUAACGCAAUUCGACUGAGGAAAAGUGGGAAAGCUUGCUGUGUGAACGACAUGAUAACGACAGCACUUCGCUUCGAUUCCAACUACCAUAUCAGGCAACAGAAGAAGGUAUUAGUACUAGGAUCUGGUGGUCUGACUAUUGGGCAGGCAGGAGAGUUCGACUACUCUGGAGCGCAGGCGUUGAAGGCUUUGAGGGAAGCAGGUAUUCGCACUGUGCUCAUUAAUCCUAACGUGGCAACCGUACAGACUUCGAAAGGAUUCGCUGAUUUUACCUACUUUUUGCCAAUCACUAGGGAAUAUGUUACCGAUGUGAUAAAAAAGGAGCGCCCGACUGGAAUCCUGUGUACAUUUGGCGGUCAAACAGCUCUUAACUGUGCGAUUGAUUUAUACAAGGACAACGUUUUCGAACAGUUCCAUGUGGACGUACUUGGUACGCCAAUCCAGACAAUAAUGAACACCGAGGACCGUGAGCGAUUCAAUGCUGAGGUGACGAGUAUUGGCGAACAAGUUGCACCCAGUCGAGCUGCCACCACAUUACAAGGUGCCAUUGAGGCAGCUGAGCUAUUAGGUUAUCCUGUUUUGGUUCGAGCAGCGUUUGCUCUUGGUGGAUUGGGUUCUGGAUUCGCUAAUAGUCGGGCAGAGCUUAUAGCGAUAGCGCAACAAGCACUUGCUCAUUCCGAUCAAGUGUUGAUCGAUAAGAGUCUCAAAGGUUGGAAGGAGAUUGAAUAUGAAGUGGUUCGCGAUGCAUUUGAUAACUGCAUAACCGUUUGUAACAUGGAGAACGUCGACCCGCUAGGCAUUCACACGGGAGAGUCCGUUGUGGUCGCACCAUCUCAAACACUCACCGAUAGGGAAUACAACAUGUUGCGUACCUGUGCAAUCAAAGUUAUCCGUCAUUUUGGCAUUAUUGGCGAAUGCAAUAUACAGUACGCUUUGGAUCCAUCGUCGGAUACGUACUACGUUAUCGAGGUGAACGCAAGAUUAUCUCGGUCAUCAGCAUUAGCAUCGAAAGCAACCGGAUAUCCACUCGCAUAUGUGGCUGCCAAGUUGGCCCUUGGUCAGAGACUUCCUGUCAUUCGAAACAGUGUCACUGGUGUAACUACUGCUUGUUUUGAACCGUCACUGGAUUAUUGCGUUGUCAAGAUUCCUCGGUGGGAUCUUGGGAAAUUUGCUCGUGUGAGCCAACAGAUUGGCAGCUCAAUGAAAUCCGUCGGUGAAGUAAUGGGAAUAGGCCGAUCGUUUGAAGAAGCGUUCCAAAAGGCAUUAAGAAUGGUGAGCGAACAUGCGGACGGAUUCUCCCCUACCGUUUUUCCAAGAAGACCGACGAUGGAGGAUUUAUCGAAGCCUACAGACAAACGUAUGUUUGCCAUUGCCCGUGGCCUGUACUACGGUGACUUUACAGUCGAAGAUGUUUCUGCUCUCACACAGAUUGACAAGUGGUUCGUGCAUAGAAUGAACAAUAUAGUGGACAUUUACCAUAAACUGGAGAAGGAGACGUUGGCUUCAAUUUCCGCCCAACUUCUGCUUGAAGCUAAACAGGCUGGGUUUUCCGACAAGCAAAUUGCUGCUAAAGUUGAGAGUACGGAAUCUAUGGUCCGUGAGAAACGCUUGCGCUUAAAUAUGAAACCGUGUGUUAAACAGAUUGAUACCGUAUCUGGUGAGUGGCCGGCACAGACAAACUAUCUCUACGUCACAUAUAAUGGUACAGAGAACGAUGUGCGGUUUAGCAUGAAGAGUGCAGUCAUUGUGCUUGGUUCCGGUGUCUAUCGAAUCGGUUCCUCAGUAGAGUUUGAUGCAUCUUGUGUGGGAUGUGUGCGAGAGCUUAAAGUCCUAGGAUAUCAAACGAUCACUAUCAAUUGUAAUCCUGAGACGUUGAGUAUGUCCACUGAUUACGACAUUUGUGAUCGACUGUACUUUGAAGAGAUUUCUUUCGAAACAGUGAUAGAUAUUUACCAUAUGGAGAAGCCGAAGGGUGUAAUCCUAGCGUUUGGUGGUCAAGCAGCGAAUAAUAUUGCAUUGAGCCUCAGUAAAGCACAUGUAAAUAUUUUUGGUACGUCACCUAAUGAUAUCGAUAGCGCUGAAGAUCGCUUCAAAUUUAGUAGGAAAUUGGAGACGUUACAAAUCAGUCAGCCGAUGUGGAAGAGGAGUGAUAAUAUCGAAGACGCUAAGCAAUUCUGCGCAAAAGUUGGGUAUCCAUGCCUUAUUCGGCCAUCGUACGUGCUGUCGGGUGCUGCGAUGAAUGUAGCUCAUAACGAGGACGACUUGGCUGCUUUUUUAAAGCAGGCCACCGUGGUAGCAAAAGAACACCCAGUAGUGGUGUCAAAAUUUAUUAGUGGAGCAAAGGAAAUCGAUGUAGAUGCUGUUGCAAUGGAUGGCGAAGUGCUUGUAAUGGCUGUUAGUGAACAUGUAGAGAGUGCUGGAAUCCAUUCUGGUGACGCCACUCUUGUAACACCCCCACAAGAUCUAAAUCAGGUCACACUUGAUCGUAUCCAGGAAAUCGCACAUCGUAUUGCGUCCGCUUUCAACGCAAAUGGGCCAUUUAACAUGCAGCUGAUUGCCAAGGAUAACGAAUUGAAAGUCAUUGAAUGUAACCUACGCGUGUCACGUUCAUUCCCCUUCGUCUCAAAAACAUUGGAUUUUGACUUUGUGGCGUUGGCAACUCGAGCAAUGAUGAGCGUUGAUAAUCCAGCUAUUGGUUCCUCAUUAAAGAAACACUCUUUGCUACGUGGUAAAGGACGUGUUGGGGUGAAGGUGCCACAGUUCUCAUUUUCACGAUUGACAGGUGCUGAUGUUAUGCUUGGUGUUGAAAUGGCUUCCACAGGAGAGGUUGCUUGUUUUGGUAAAGAUCGUAAAGAAGCAUAUUUAAAAGCGCUCCUUUCUACGGGAUUUGUUCUUCCAAAACGGAAUAUCUUUUUGUCAAUUGGAGGCUAUCACGCAAAGUCAGAAAUGUUGCAAAGCGUACAGAUUCUGCAGAAUAUGGGUUUCGAACUGUACGGCUCAAAAGGCACAGCCGAUUACUUCCAGUCAAAUAAUAUUCGUGUAACAGCAGUCGAUUGGCCAUUUGAAGAAGGAUCGUCAGACGAAAAAACGGCUUCCGGAACCAGGUCUGUCGCGGAGUUCUUCGAAAACAAAGAGUUUCACUUGGUCAUAAAUCUCCCGAUUCGUGGAUCAGGCGCAUAUCGUGUGUCGGCUUACAGAACGCAUGGAUAUAAGACAAGACGAAUGGCGAUCGAUAACGGUAUUCCACUGAUCACUGAUAUCAAGUGUGCAAAGUUAUUUGUCGAAGCACUUCGCACGGUUGGUCGUCGUCCACCGGUGAAUUCGCAGAUUGAUUGUGUUGCAAGUCGAAUCCUGAAGCGUCUUCCAGGACUGAUUGAUGUUCAUGUACAUGUUAGAGAACCGGGAGCAACUCAUAAGGAGGACUGGUACACCUGCACUCGUGCAGCUUUGGCCGGUGGAAUCACUCAGAUACUGGCAAUGCCGAAUACAAAUCCACCUCUUAUUGAUAAGGAUAGUUAUCAGUUGACAGAAAAGUUGGCCAGUGAACAAGCAGUAGUUGACUACGCGUUAUACCUGGGUGCAACACCACAGAAUGCUCGUGUCGCUGCUGAACUUGCACCAGUGACAGCCGGCUUGAAAAUGUAUCUCAAUGAAACGUUUUCCACGCUACAAAUGGAUUCUGUAGCCGAUUGGGUGAAGCACUUUGAGUCAUUUCCAACAUCACGUCCAAUCGUUUGUCAUGCUGAAAAGCAGACUCUAGCCGCUGUUCUUUGCGUGGCACAAAUGACUGGUCGCACAGUACAUAUAUGUCAUGUAUCAAAUGCAGAAGAGAUUCAGUUGGUACGUGAUGCUAAACGGAAGGGUUGGCCUGUAACAUGCGAGGUUUGCCCACAUCAUCUUUUUCUCACAUAUGAAGACCUACCAGCAGGUGUACGUGAGGUUCGUCCAGCUUUGGCGACCAUCGAAGAUAGGAAUGUGCUGUGGAAUAACCUUGAUUAUAUAGACUGCUUUGCGACUGAUCAUGCUCCUCAUACAUGGGAUGAGAAGAAUAGUUCGGAAAAGACUCCACCUGGCUUCCCUAGUAUCGAGUAUAUGGUCCCGUUGUUGCUGACGGCGGUUUCUCAAGGAAAACUUACAAUGAGGCAGCUUGUUGAUCGUCUUCACUAUAAUCCGAAGAGGAUCUUCGGGUUACCUGAUCAAAGUGACACUUACAUAGAGGUUGACUUGAACGAGGAAUGGGAAAUUCCAAAAACUGGCGGAGAGAGCAAAGCAGGGUGGACACCGUAUGCUGGAAAGAAAGUUCGGGGACGAAUCAUCAAAGUUGUCGUGCGAGGUGAAGAGGCCUACGUCGACGGCGAGGUGUGGAGACUUAUGUGUAUCCCAGCAAUUUUAUUUGGUUCUUUGCCUUGCAUCCUUCAUCCUCAGAUUUACAUCCGAGUUCGACUGCUAUUUAGUGGGCUUAGAGAGGCUCUGGAAUACUUACGUGAUCACUGA